AUGGCUGUUCCGGCCUCUGCAUAUGAAAGGGGUAUGCACAACGUCAUGUUCCGCCGACUCGGGCGUGGAGUCUACAAUACUGAGAGGUCUAGUGAUAGUGACAUAUUCGGAUCCUCCGCAAUCCGACCGAGCGCUCAUGCCCUCCGUAGUAAAGCCGGUCUCUUCCAGAGGUAUAUCUGCCAACAGAUGCCAAACAAGGGUAUAUGCUCUCCAGACGUCCAUCCUGCCGCGUGA